AAAACAAGACAAGCAUUGUCCAUACUCCAUUACUAACAUAAGAAACGACAUUGGAAAGGGUAGCGUUUGAGGUGUUAGUUGGUUCAAUUAAAAGGAGGUUAUGCCGUAUUGGGUGAGUUAAGUGACUUCGUCAACACGUGUUUAGCUUAGACAAUUCUUCAUCAGACGUCGUCGUUCCCAGCCUGUAAUAUUCGUACGUGUGGACCCCAACUCGCUCCAGUGUCGACUCAAUAACUCAUACAUUUCUCCUUUAUUCCAAUCCAAACCCCCAAAACCCAGACGAAAUUCCCCAACAGACUCUCUAUCUCUCUAAUGGAGUUUCGGUACAGAAACUUCGUCAUCUCUCUACUCCUCCUGUCACUCUCGUUCCCACCUUCUUUCUCCUACUUGCGGUUCUCUCCGGUCGACAACCACCUCGUAAACUGCGGCUCCGUAGAGACCACCAUCGUCGACAAUCGUCUAUACUCCAGCGACUGGUCUAACCGAAAUUUACCAUUCUGCCCCUCGGAUCGGUCUGUUGCCCUCAGAAAUGAAAAUUCAUUCGCCGGUUCCUCCCCACUGUACGACACAGCUAGGGUUUUCGAGAAGCCUUCGGAGUACAAAUUCGAGAUCAGAGAGAAAGGGAUCCACAUGGUACGUCUCCAUUUUCAAAAAUUCAAUUCCUCAAAAUUCGAUUUCGGUAGCGCUCAAUUUCACGUUCUUGUUGAUAAAUACGUCGUUUUGAGCAACUUUAAUGGCGGUAAUUCAGCUGAAACCCCUUUGAUCAAGGAAUACCUCAUUCGUGUUGAUGCCGAAAAACUUCUAAUUAGGUUUUUUCCCACUGAUUCUUCAAAAUUCGCGUUUGUGAACGCGAUCGAGGUGAUUUCUGCUCCGAAGGACCUCGUCCCUAAUACUUCCUUGUCCCUAAACUCUAAUGAAAACGUGAAUUUCGAUAGCUGGUCUAACCAAGCUCUCGAAGUCGUUUACAGAGUCAACGUUGGAGGUCCUAAGGUGACACCAUAUAACGACACUCUUUGGAGAACAUGGGUUGUCGAUGAUGAGUAUCUGGAGUCGAGUUCCGGAACGGAGAGGGUGUAUUUCGGUGGCCGAAUCAAGUACCAGACUGGAUUUGCAAGCCGCGAAAUUGGACCGGAUAACGUGUACAAGAGCGCAAGAUUGAUCCGCAGCACCAACGGUUCGAUCCCGAACCUUAACAUGACAUGGGUUUUCCCGGUGGCCGGAGAAGGAUACAAUUACCUUGUCCGAUUGCAUUUCUGUGAUAUUGCUAGUAUCUCACUUGAGCUUCUCUUCUUCAAUGUUUAUGUAAAUGGGAAACUAGCAUUGGAGAACUUGGAUUUAUCAAGUGCCACAAACGAAAUGCUGGCCUCUCCGUACUAUGCAGACAUAGUUGUUGCUGGUUCAGAUAUUUCUGGUGCUUUGAAUGUGAGUGUUGGACCUUCGAAGGACAGCAUGCCGUAUGUCAUUGAUGGUAUCCUUAAUGGGGUUGAGAUCUUGAAGUUGAGUAACUCAAUGGGCAGUUUUGAUGGUCUUGAUUCUGCUGAUGUUGUUUUGAGUCUUUGGCCAGGCAGAACUGGUCUUUUGAUACCUUUAGUUGCUGCUGUGUUAUUGGUUAUGAGUUUAUCUAUUGUUUUGCGUAGAAAGAUUAUUGAGACAAAGGAGUCUCUUGGGUGGUCGAAAUUGCCUGUGAAUGUCUCAGAAUUUGAUGCCAAACUUGGCGUUUGAGCCAGCAAAAGAAGGCUGUUCGUCGUGAAAACGUUGUGAGAGAACGUGCCAGAGAAAAAUAGCUUACCUCAGGGAGCAAGACGAUUGUGUUUUUUUUUUUUUUUAAUUUAGUUCGAACUUGAAGUACCUAUUACCUAAUAGUGUUUACUCGAUGGGAGUUUUAAUUUUGUUUUAUAUUUCUAAUUUUAUACUAGAAAAUAUCGUCAACUUUGUAAUGAUUUUUGUGCAAAAAAAUGCAAAUGUAUAAGCUUUCGUCUAUGUACAUAUUUUUCUUAAGAAGUAUUUGAUUUUGCUUUGCCGUA